UCUGGCAGUGCACGUGAUGUUGACAGAGUGGCGAGAUAGAAGUGCGUCUUCGUGCGCGUAAAAAUUGCUGGAAAAGUGCGUAAAAAAGUGAUUUUCCCUGUGCGGAGGAGUUGUUUUAUAGUUGAUAUUGGACAUUAUUAGACGUUUUUGCUCGGCGCCGGUGUAGGUGUCUCUGUUUUUAGAGUGGCCGCGACUGUGGUUGUGAGCGAGCGUGAGUGUGAGUUUGAGAAUGAACUCGAUUGACGCGCAGCUCCAACACACCGCCUCCCCCACCGUCAGCCCGCUCCAACCGCUCUCCAAGAGUGCGCACGACGCGCCCGAAAUGGCCGUGUACUGUGACAACUUCAGCGUGUACCACCAGCAAGGUUUACCUGGCGGGCAGCGACCGUCUGCCAGCUACGGACUAGGAGAAUACACUGCCUCGCCGAACCCUUACCUGUGGCUCAACGGCCCCGGCGUCAACUCCUCGCCAUCCUACCUGCACCACGGAAACAACCCAUCGUCUUUCAUGCCCCCUACGUACGGUGCCCAAAGGCAGUUCCUCUCUAACUCUCCCGGUUUCGCUGGCCCGGACCUCGGCUGGCUUUCCAUUGCCAGUCAGGAGGAGUUGCUGAAGCUCGUUCGCCCGCCAUACUCCUACUCCGCGCUAAUUGCCAUGGCGAUUCAGAACGCUCACGAGAAGAAGCUCACGCUCAGUCAGAUAUAUCAAUAUGUGGCGGAUAACUUCCCUUUCUACAAGAAGAGCAAGGCCGGCUGGCAGAACUCCAUCCGGCACAACCUGUCCCUAAAUGACUGCUUUAAGAAGGUGCCGAGAGACGAGGACGAUCCGGGUAAAGGAAACUAUUGGACCUUGGAUCCUAACUGUGAGAAGAUGUUUGACAACGGAAACUUCCGCAGAAAACGGAAACGCAGGUCUGACACAAGCGCAGGAGCAACCGCUAACACUAAAGGCGAGGAUGGGCGACCUCUUCCUGGAAUCAAAAGCUCCGAAAGCCCGCACCUUGUCGGACCAUCAUCCCCAGAUAUGGAGCCGGUCAACGAGCCCCAUAAGAGCUCAUCCCCUCCAAGUCUCGGCGCAGCUCCAUGCUUCAACAACUUUUUCAACAGUAUGUCGAGCCUUGCAACGAUGCCUCCCGGUAGACAGGGCUCCCUCGGGUUGGUGAACGAGAUCUCGAGUCGGCACAUCACUGCGCUGAGCCCCUACCAUGCCGGCGCGGCUCCCGAAACUGGAACGAGCACGGAGCAUUCCGAAAAUGCACACGUAAACCGCGGAGUGUACUACAACUCUUUCCCAAGCACUGGCGGCGGCGGAGGACAAAGCUCGCAGUUUAACGGGCACUUUUAUAACAGCUUUAGUGUCAACAGUCUCAUAUACCCCCGCGAUGGCACGGAGUUAUAAGACACUUGCGUCCUGGAUCAUCACACGCAGGUAGAGGUCUCCUGUACGGGGGGCAAAAUGUUGUUCUGGACAUGCACUGAACUCCCAAAUGGCACACAUUUCACACCAAAGGUUCCAAUCACCAGAAGCGUCAGACAAUUCAUCAUUAUUGUGUGGAAGAAAAUGAUUUACGAGCAAUACAAACCUGCCUGACAAAUCCAUUACGCAACAGUU